AUGGCGUAUUCCGGGGCCACGUACCCGAAGGUCCCCGCCACGCCGGUGGUGGCGUGCGUCUCCGAGCUCCCCAGCAGCCUCGCCAGCCCGAAAUCCGAGAGGUACGCGUUGAGUUCCUUGUCCAGUAGGAUGUUGCUGGGCUUCACGUCCCUGUGGAGGAUCCUCGGGGAGCAGUCGUCAUGGAGGUAG